AUGGCUUCCGCCGAGGGCCACCACAGCGAAAUUGCUUCACUCGAUCUAGCCAAAGCCUACGAUACCACAUGGCGCCAUAACAUUAUCGAUCAACUCCACCGAUGGGGUUUUGAAGGAUCCCUCUUCAACAUUCUUCGCUGUUUCCUCACCAAUCGAAGCUUUCAAGUCUACUUCGGAGGAGUACUUUCGGAUCACCGUUGCCUAGAAAACGGAGUACCACAAGGUUCGGUUCUAUCAGUUUCCCUCUUCCUCGUUGCUAUGCAGUCGGUUCUAGAGGUUAUCCCUAAAAACACCGAGGUACUGGCCUAUGCAGACGAUCUACUGCUGAUGGCAAGAAAUCCUUUCCCAGAAAUGGCCCGCAGAAGACUGCAGGAAGGAAUCUCGGCUGUUAGUAACUAG